AUGCGUCAAAGCAUCCAAUACAAGCAAACAAUUGAGUCGUUAAAGACUGAAACGAAAAAGCUAAUUCUUUCCUUCGGAAAAGUAAAAAAAUAAUGAUUGAAAAAUUUCUUUCUAAUAAAGAAAAAAUUAACCUCAAACGCAAGCAAAAAAUUUGAUUCCUCACUAAGGAGAUAAGAGAGCAGCUAUGCUUAGAUACACUCCAGCAGUCCCAUCUCGGUGUUGAAUCUGAGUUGGCCAGACUUCAAGAGCAAGGCGAUGCUUUUGCUUAUAAAAUUGAGCUUGAGAAGCAAAAAAUAGCAGACUUAGAGAAUCAAAUCACAAUUAUGACAGAAAAGCUUAAAGCCCAAAGAGAGUCCGUAGGAGGUUCUCAAGGCGCAAAAGAACUAAAUGAAGGGGUGGCUCGAAAAAUCAAAGGCUUAGAAAAUAAACUUGACAAGUCUCUUCAAAAAUACAAUGAAAGUAUCGCUCACAAUAAGCAGCUUAGGGAGCAAAUUGAUAAGCUCAGAAGAGAAAGGGUUGUUUAUGACAAUAUUUAUAAGAAACUUGAAGAAGAGCUGCAGUCAAAAAAAGAGGAAAUGAAAAUGGUAAUAAAGAAAAGUAAUAAAGCGCAGAAAAAAAGAGACGAAAUUAAAGAGAAAUUUCAAAAAUUAAAAGAAGAAGCAGAAAACGAGCAGGCUGUGUUCGACAACGAAUGAAAAGAGCUAGGGAAUUUGAUUGAAAAGGACAAAAAAAUGAAAGAGUUCUUGACAAAUGAAGAAUUAGUCCCAUCAGAAACAGUCGAUGUCAAAAAUCUGAACAAAAAAGUUGCUAAAAGUGCAUGGAAUAUUGCAAAAGAAAAAUCCAGCAUCAAAAUGUACCUAGAAAAGGUUGAAAUGUAUGAAGAAGCAUUCAAGAAGAUUGAAGAUGCAACUGGGAUAUCAGAUAUCGAUGAGCUGGUUAGGACUUUUGUCGAUGCUGAAAUGCAGAACUACAGCUUGUUUAACCAUGUAAAUGAUCUCAGCAAUGAAAUGGAAAAGCUUGAACAGCAAAUUAAUGAUAUAAAAUUUGAAAUCGAUAAAUAUAAGAAUCAAGGCUCUUCUAAUGAAAAUCAAAGGAAAAAACAAAUGCGAGAGCUCGAACAAAGGCUGGAAAAAACAGAAGAAAAAGCUGGCGAAUAUGAGAAAAAAUGUGAAGGCAACCAGCUGCUUUUAGACUCCCUCAAAGAAGGAAUUGAAACCCUCUUUGUAAGAAUUGGCUGUACUUCAGAAGGAGAAACAGAGUCCAAAACUCCAAUUGGUAUAAACGAUUCAAAUAUAUUGUACUAUAUGGGACUUAUUGAAGAAAAAACCAACGAAAUCAUCCACAUGUACACUAAUUCCCAGCAGUCAGCCAAUCUCUAUAAUAUCCAAUUUACCAACACUUCAGCUCCACCACCAUUACUCCCUAUUGGUAAAAAAAUGGAUAUUGAGCUUCCAUCUGUCCCUGAUAGAGAACAGCCUGACGAAGAUGAAGCUUCAGCUCCUCUGAGUGUGAAAGAAAUGAAAUUCAGGUCUCUGAAGAAAUAUGAAGAAGAAAAAGAUAAGAAGAAAAAAAAGCAAUAA